ACAUGUAUCAGGUCAGGCACCCGAGACCUUAUCUUCUUUACAAUCCUCACACUCACGUUCACGAAGCUUCGUUCGCUAUCAUCCAUACCUGCAGUCCAUCGCUAUAUUCAUGUCGUUUUUACGCCGCCGCUUCGGCGGCAACGAAACCCCAUCCCCCAUCGCUUCUCGCGAACCUACGCCCGACCCAGACAAGCCAAAUAGACCGUCGAAUCUGCGCGUGAUAACAGCAGAGCAGUUGCACACACUUAGGAAGGGAAAGAAUAGCAAGAGAAAAAACACAUGGAUCUUUGUUCUAGGCGCGUUGGUCGGUGUUGUUGCCGCUGCUCUUUUGGCAGGGAGCAACGACUACAUAGAUCUGAGCAGCUUGGAGGGCAUGAACCUGGAGAACAUACUCGAGGCUCUACCAGCCGGGUUUAUGAAAGAUGCGCAGAUGCUACAGAAACAAGAACGAGACGCUGUUAAUUACGAUUCCUUCGCUGUCGGACUCCAUGCGAGGUCUCAAGGAGUAAAAGCCGUACAUCCUGUCAUUAUGAUCCCAGGCGUUAUUUCCACCGGGCUCGAGUCCUGGGGAACCGAACCCGAGUCCCGACAGUACUUUCGCAAACGGCUUUGGGGCUCCUGGUCCAUGAUGCGAGCUCUAGUUUUGGACAAGCCUGGGUGGAAGAGGCACAUCAUGCUGGACAAGGACACAGGUCUGGAUCCACCAGGUGUCAAGAUGCGCGCUGCGCAAGGAUUCGAUGCGACGGACUUCUUCAUCACAGGCUACUGGAUUUGGAACAAAAUCUUGGAGAAUCUGGCUACCAUAGGUUACGACCCGACAAAUGCCUUCACGGCGGCUUACGACUGGCGCAUGACAUACAUGAACUAUGAGAAAAGAGACCAGUACUUCACUCGGCUCAAGUCGCAUAUUGAAAUCGCGGUGCGUGUGUCUAACAAGAAGGUUGUGCUUCUAUCCCAUAGUAUGGGCUCUCAGGUGCUAUACUAUUUCCUCCACUGGGUUGAAGCGGAUGGUUACGGGAACGGUGGUCCAGGAUGGGUCGAUGCAUACAUCGACUCUUGGAUCAAUAUCAGUGGUUGCAUGCUCGGUGCUCUAAAAGGUCUACCCGCUGUUCUAUCUGGAGAGAUGAAAGAUACCGCUCAGCUGAAUGCCUUUGCUGUGUAUGGCCUCGAAAAGUUUUUAUCGCGACAUGAACGCGCUGAGAUAUUCCGUGCGAUGCCAGGAAUAUCAUCGAUGCUACCCAUGGGAGGUAACGCUGUGUGGGGUGACCAGGACGGAGCCCCAGAUGAUGAGCCAAAUCAAGACGUUUCUUACGGCAAUUUCAUUCGCUUCAAAGACAGCAACACCACUUUGACAGCAAAGAACCUCACAGUCGAGGAGAGCUUGCCGUAUCUGUUUAAGAAUACCGAGGAAUGGUACAAGGACAUGGUCCAGCGCAGCUAUUCCAACGGCGUCGCGCACACCCGCCAAGUAGUCGAAGAUAACCAGCUCGUUCCCGCGAAAUGGAUUAACCCGCUCGAAACCCGCCUGCCACUUGCCCCGAAUCUAAAAAUCUACUGCUUCUACGGCAUCGGGAAGCCAACCGAACGCGCCUACUAUUACCGGGAUGAUCAUGAUCCACUCAGUAAUCUAAACGUCACCAUCGAUACAAGCCACACAGAAGAGUUGAAGUCUGAUCGCGGCGUUGUCAUGGGUGAGGGCGAUGGAACAGUCAACCUCCUCAGCGCAGGUUACAUGUGCGCCAAAGGCUGGAAGAUGAAGCGGUACAACCCCGCGGGAGUGCAGAUCAAGACAUACGAGAUGCCUCAUGAGCCGGAUCGAUUCAGUCCCAGAGGCGGACCUAAUACAGGUGAUCAUGUCGAUAUAUUAGGACGCGCUUCUCUUAACGACCUGAUCUUGCGCGUUGCGGGCGGCCGUGGUGAGCUUAUCGAUGAGAAUAUACAAUCCAAUAUCCUCAAGUAUGCCGAGAAGGUGAAGAUUUACGACGAGGAAGAGUAA